AUGCACGACUGCUCGCCCUCUGCAACUUGCUCAUCUGUUGGCCAAAGCUAUGAAUGUCGCUGCAACAGACUCUACACUGAUGGUGGAGACCUUCUUAAAAGGCUUCCAGGACGCGUUUGCUAUUAUAGCUUCAGAUCGGGCUUCUUUGUGGGCUGUUUGAUAAUCCUGCCUGCUACGAUAGCAGCAUUGGCUUUACUCUUCUACUACCGUCGUUACAAGGCCAGCAGAGUAUGGAUCACCCCAUCAAACGACGCCUCUGUUUCUAUGCAACUGGUCUCUGAACAACAUCCCAUAUACAGCUCCUAG